GGAGGAGGAGGAGGAAGAAGAAGAAGAAGAAGGAGGAGGAGGAGCGGCAGACGGUGCUGCCUCGGCCGGGAUUGCGCGGUCCGAGGCGGCGGCAUGGAGCUGGGCUGGCUGCUGUGGGGGGCGGCGGUGCUGCUGCUGCUGCUGCACGUCCUGGCGGAGCUCAGCCCCGCCGUCAACUUCGCGCUGCGCAUCGGCUUCUACUGCCUGCUCUGCGUCGUCUGCUCGGCGCUGACGGCGCCCGUCUGCCUCCUCGUCAACGGCGGCCGCACCGUCAAGAACAUGAGAAUCAUCAAAACUGUGGUCAAGAGCUUCAAGUAUUUCUUCGGCCUGAGGUUUGAGGUGAAAGGACUGGAGAACUUUGAGGUGGAGGGCCCUGCUAUCAUUGUGUCCAACCACCAGAGCAUCCUCGACAUGAUGGGGCUGAUGGAGGUCCUGCCCGAUGACUGUGUCCAGGUGGGCAAGAAAGAGCUGAUGUACGCUGGCAGUGUGGGGCUCAUCAUCUACCUCGGCGGUGUCAUCUUCAUCAACAGGAAGAGCACCACCAGUGCCAAAAUGGUGAUGGCAGAGGUGGCCAAGACUAUGACAGCUGAAAAUGUGAAGGUGUGGGUGUACCCUGAGGGCACGAGGAACUGCACUGGGGAUUUGCUGCCAUUCAAGAAAGGAGCAUUUCACCUUGCUGUCCAGGCACAGGUCCCAGUGAUCCCUGUGGUGUAUUCCUCCUUCACUACCUUCUAUAACCCAAAGAAGAAUCUAUUUACAUCAGGCAAAAUCAAGGUUGAGAUUCUGCCUGCAAUAGAGACCAAAGGCCUGACAUCAGACGAUGUCUCUGACCUCACUGACAGAUGCUUCCGCACCAUGAGGGAGACCCUCUUCAGGCUGUCCGGCCGUCCAAGUGAGGCAAAGGACUCAUCGUAGAUGCUUCUCCAGUGGUGUCACCAUGUGGUGGUGGCUGAAGGGACCUGUCUGUUGCCAAAUACCCAAGGAACUUCUCUUCCUCUGCAGUGACUUGUAACUCUGGGAACACCACAGACUGGCACACACGAGGUGUCGAGCCAGCACUGAGGUUCCCCGUUGAGUGGAUUUCUCCCAUUGGGUUCAUUAUCUCACAAUGAAAAGUCUCCUUUUUAUGAAUUUCUCAGGCAUCAAACUUGUGCUGCCAAAGGGCUCGAUGACCCAGAGAGGUGAGUUCCCCCAGCUCAGGCAGCUGGUGUGGGGUGACAACAAAAACCUGGCCAGAGGCUGGGCUCUGCCUCACAUGAGUGUCCCUGCACACAUGUUUGUGCUGGCCUGGCCCUGUGCUGUCCCAGGUGGAAACCACCAGACAGCAAUUUGUAUCUGCACAUCCUUGAUGCUGCUCAGUGGGGCUGAGAAUUGGGUGCAAAUCCAGACUCUGGCUCUUUGGCAGCACUGGGAGCGCAGUGUCCUCCCUGGGCAGCCCGGAGCACUGCCACCCUGCCCCGUGGAGCUCACGCUGGUCUCUGGGGUAGGGCCUGUCUCCUUGAGAGACGCCCUUGGGUCACAGCACCAUCUUGUGCUGGGGUUUUGUGUUGCCCAGGCACUCCUUUCACUUUGGAAGGAAGCACCUAGGGCCAGUAACUUCAGCUGGGCUGCAGAGGGGGCAUGUACGGGGCCAGUCAGCCUUACAGUGUCUCUUGGGGUGUGAUUGCCUUGCCUGAACGGGUGCCCUUGCUCACUGAGGGGUGCAGCAGUGAAGAUGGAAGCUGCAGCCUGACCAAACCAGCAUAUAUGGUCUGGGCAAAGUUUAGCUGAAUGCUGUCCAGCCUUACAAGUUGAGUCAUCUUCUGAAUGAAACCGCACCCUUGUUUCUACCACUCAGAGCCACCAGCUUGGUUUUAUAAACUGCACAAAUGUGUUGGAGUCCUGGGCAAA